AUGAGCUACACCGAACCACUGUGGGAGAUUAAUGGAAAUCAAGCACCAGUGAUUACAGCAGACAUGUCGCAAUACGUCAGCGGCGAACUCGGCGGCUACCCUAUGUGGGACAGUUCUGUUCUAUACCAAGCACCACCGCCCUCGCACUCCCAUGUGAGUGAUCACGGAUUAUACAGACAACCCUGUGCAUUAUUGCAUCAAAGUCGAUAUACGCCUAACGGGAGAUCUCCGAAUCUUCCAUCAUCCACAACAAAGAAACCGAGGCGUCGGGUAGCAACUGUUUCUCAGAGAAGAGCCGCAAAUAUUCGCGAGAGACGUAGAAUGUUCAACUUGAACGAAGCGUUCGACAAACUUCGUAGAAAAGUACCAACAUUCGCAUACGAGAAACGAUUGUCAAGGAUCGAAACUCUACGUUUGGCGAUCACCUACAUUGCGUUCAUGGGGGAACUGCUUGGAAUCGAACCGGACAGUCCAAAGCCAGAAUACAUUCCACGGGAAUAUUAUUUGCCAAAUUGA